AGGUAACAGCAACGCGAAUCCAAGAAAAAACAUCCGGAAAAGAUCCCCGAUUGUUCUUCUGUUCGUUUAAACGAAGAACACCAGAAGACGCUUCUUUACGCAUCAGAAUUCCUGAGCGACAAAUCCACUAAAAGACAUGACGACGCAUUCUCUUCCUGUUUUAGAGAACAGUCCUGGUCAAAAACUCCAGGUGGGAAAUGGAGUAAACAACAUUUUUGUGACACAGUCGCAGGACACCAGAAGGGAAGAUGAUGUCAAUCACAUACCAGUUUUAAAAGUGCCUUCGAGCAGAGUCUUGGCGGCAGGAGUGACUACUUUGCAAAAAACCCUGGUUCUGAAGAAACAGGCAGAGCUGGAUGAGGUGGAGAAGCGACUUGCACUUAAACGGCUGGAUUUUAAAGCCUGCAUGGAGGCCCUAGCUCAGCGAAGGUCUGACCUUGAAAUAAAACUACAAGAGACUAAAGAAAAAGUAGGGAAAUUUGAGAAGUUCGUAGCUGAGAAUGAAGCAAAGCGACGCAGAGCGUUAAAGAGCUGUGAAGCUUCACGGGCGCAAAACAUUUUUAAAAAGCAGCAGAUAAAAGAUUUGACAGAACAGCUUAAAGGAUUCAGAGACAGGAGGCACGUUUUAAAGGAGAGAGUGGCAAAAUACAAAAUCUAUGAGGAUUAUUUGAUAAAAACACGAGAUUAUCUCCCCAGCAAUUACCUCGAUGACGGGUCUGAAUCUCUAGUCAUGCCCAUCAUUCGGCGUCAUGAGACCUUAUCCAUCACACACCAGGAGCUGCUGCAACGUUUGCAACGUAUGGAGGCGGAGGUGGAGGAAGGCCAGCGGCAGCUGCAGAAUAUGAAGGAGGAACACAGCGUAAAGAAACUGAUGGCCAAUAAAGAGCUGUCUGAACUGCAGAGUGAGUUAGAGACCCUCAAAGAGAAGAACAAGCAGGCAGAGGUUAACUUGCAGAUGGAGCAAGACUUAUCCAGAGAGAAGGUUACAGAAGUGGGAAGACUUCUUAUGGCCAUCAGCAACCUUGCAGAACAGUGUUACCUACCAGAAUACGGACCGCUGGAAAAGAUGAACGCGCUGACAAUGAUGGACAUGGUGAAGGAGUACAUUCUGGACAAGGUAGACACGGAGAGGAGAGCGAGGAGGAUGAUGGAGUUGGGGAGUUCGAUGCCGAGCACAACGGCCGCGGCAAACAAAAGAGAGAGGGGGUCAAUGAGAAGCUUUGGAAGUAAAACACAAAUCAAAAGUUCAAGUAAAGUCAGCAGAAAGAAUGGAGGAUGGCAGCUUGGUUUCAUGCAGAGAGGACAUUUCUUCGCUGUUCCCUGCGCAAAUGCUGAGUGCCAAACAGCAAGAUCUGAGCAGCCAGUUUUGCGCCGUAAGAAAAGUUUGCGGCGACGGGAACUGCUUCUACAGAGCUUUCUGCUUCGCAUACUUGGAGUCAGUCCUACACAGUGCCAGGGAUUUGCAGAGGUUCAAGGACAAGAUAAUCCAGGGCAGCGCAAUUUUGGUCUCUGCAGGAUUUGAGGAGGAUUUCUUCAGGCACCACCUGGACACGGUUCUUCAGGUUGUUGAGCAAAGCCAAGCAGAUGUAAAUGCACUAUCCAGGCUCUUCAAUGAGCAUACUACCUCCGACAGCGUUGUGCAGUAUCUCAGGCUGCUCACUUCAGCACACCUGCAAAAC